AUAACCCAACAUUGGUGCUUUCAUUGAGAGUGUUGGACAGAUCAAGCGUGCUCCAAAGAAAAUGGUGGCGUCAAGAAGAGUGACUAGGUCGUCUACCGCCAACGUCGGUGGUGGUCUCAAGAUGACCGUCACGGCGCCGAUCGGCGCGGGCCACGACGAACUGGACAUCAGCCUCAAUGACGUCGCCAGCCAGAAUACCACUGAUCUGCGUCACCGCAUUCCGAGGCGGCGGACGACGAACGCUGGGGGUUCUCAGGCGCCAACCCAGCAGGUGCCCACCCAGGGCGCCGGCGUUCUAACUCAGCCUUCUCCCAACGGGCUUGUGCGUGGGGGAGGCAUGGUGUUGCCCGGUGAUUUUAACUCACCAUUUUUCCAGUUCGGGGAGACCUCUGGUGCGAGGACCCCAGGUCCAGACCCUAGCAGUUUCUGGGCCAUGAUGAGGGCAAUGAUGCCCAAUCAGCCCAUGACUGGUUUCUGCAUGCCGGUCACGAUGCCGCAGCCAACGUUCCAGCCUGACGGACGUCGUGAGGUCCAGCAAAACUUGAUGGAAGGUGCGGAACUUUUCGCCCAACACCUGAAGAAUCUAAUGGCGGGCUUCUGCCUGAAUCCUUCGCCCGAGGGACCUGAGAACAAGGAGCUUAGCCGAUCCCAACAGCGGGACAAGGGCAAGGGCCCGGAGCGCAGGGCCAACAAGAAGCAAGCUAGCCAUCGGGACAAAGAGACGGCGAGCCAGCGCCGUGAAACCCCGAAGGAAGGACAAGGUGAGAGUGAGUCGCACGCAUCUGUGUUCAGCCGGAUGCGAGUGCCGGUCACAGAACGGCUGUAUGGCCGACGGAAUACCUUCCUGCAGAACGAGGCAGGGAAGAUCAGGAUGCCUUGCGAGGAACAGUGUGACCGAUACAGAGAGGUCCAUCUAGAAAGGCCAAAUUCCCGGGUCGAGCAACCCGUCCAACAUCCGGUUCUGAGAGCGCCGCAAAGGACGCCCGUCGCGAUGGACGUCGGCAUGGGCAGAUCUGGGGACGAACGCAUCGAUCUUCUCUUGCAAAGGCUGGACGCCUUAGAAAAAAGGAGCGGGACGGGGCAAACGGCCGAACCCAUGUUCAGACUCCGUUCUCCUUUUUCGGAAAGGAUCUUAAGGGCACCACUGCCGAGCAGCUUCCAGAUGCCCCCAAUACCAAGGUAUGACAAAACUACCGACCCACAGGAGCAUUUCAACCGGUACCAAACCCUCAUGAACGUGGUGACGUUCUCCGAGGAAGUUCUUUGCAGAUCGUUUCCCGCCACUCUCGACGGGUUGGCAUCUGAAUGGUUCAAUGAAUUGCCUGAAGGGAAGAUCGAGUCGUGGGAAGACUUGGCGCGAAAAUUUCUGGUGCACUUCGCCGGCAACAGGAAGAAGAAGCUGCAUUUUUCACACCUCUUGCCGGCGUCUGGCCUUGGAGAAGCCGAGGGAGUAUUCCAUCGCGCUGGCCAUGGCAGAGGAUGAUGCCGAGGCAGAGGAGUUGGAGGCAAAUAAGAAGAAGGAAGAAGCAGGGAAGCUGGGUUCAAUCGCGAUGGCAGUGAGGCCUACACCGAGGAAGGUCACUAUUGAUGAGCGACCACAUUUGCCAGUCGGAAACCG